GUAAAUAACUCAGUCAUGUCUGUCCUGAGACUGGAACAGAGGGACAGUCAUAGCUCUUACUUGGGAGGACACUGUAAUUUUAGUUAUGCUGUGCUUUCAAGCUCACUUGCACAUUCUGUAAAGUUUCAGGCCUGACUCUGGCUGAUGGAUAAGUAUUUUUUUUAAAACUUGCAUGUUAGUGUUGCAGCCCCAAAACUGUCCCAAAGAAUGAAGUUGAUCAAGUGACAACGCAUUUCUGGCAAUCUGUUAAAAACCAUAAGAAUCAGAUUGGAAUUAUUAAAUGUCUUGUAUUCCAAGGACUUGGCAAGAGCUUUCACUGAGUGCACUGAACUCAGACAGAGAAACCAGCUGAUACUGGUGGAAGGGCCGCCCCUUUGGGGUGCACAAUGUUAAGACCAGGGCAGUUGUCUUUGCUGUCUGGUGAGUGUUGCUUCCCCUCCACUCAGUCCUAUGAGGGGGUUUUCCAUCGCUCCCCGCUAGACCCCUGCGUUCUCUGUCUGACUGCUGUGGUUAUGCAUGCACAGAGGGCUGGGCUGUGCCGGUGCUCCACACUGAGCAUGCGGCUGGUGUGUGCUAGGCACGGCCGCUGCCUCGGGGGGUGGGUGAGUGGAGAGUGUCGGGCAUUACCACCCCGCCAUGGCCACUGGCACCCAGGCUGUUGGGCUGGAGCCUGCUGGGGUGCUGUGCCAGGAGGCAAGGCACGGGCCCCAGGAGCGCCCUGAGACCCACCACUGAGCAGAGGUGCCUGUGGGGUGGCAGGAGCUGGCCCUGGCUCUCUAGCAGAGCAUUUGGUCACCUCGCAGCAUGGUGGGGAGCUCCCCGGCUUGAGGUUUCUCAGCUGUAAGCACUGCGCAGGGCAGUGGAAGCAGCUCGCUGCAUCCCCCCACGUGGGAGCGAAACGCCCAGGAAGCGCCCGGCUGUGAGCGGAAGGAGCUUUUCAUCACACCCGGUGAGGGCCGAGCUGUGCAGCACUGGCAGGGCCCAGGGCUGGCAGCGGGCUCUGCUGACAGCUGCAGCCCGCUGGCUGCCGGAGCCCGCUGACCUGCGUCAGAGGAAGGAAACUCUGCUUUCAGCUGCCUGUUCCCUCCACGCUUCCCGUCAGGCCCAGGGCAGGGCCAUCGCUGUGCUGUAAAGCACCAUCCUGCAGGUCUGAGCAAUGUGACAACGUGCCCACUUUAAACCAAGUGGCUUACUUUCUGGAGCAGAGCUGGCCGUGAGCAGAGUAUUUUUCUCAGCCUGUCUCUAGCUGUGUGGCUGACGUACUGCUUUCUGGAGGCUGGUGGUGGGUUUGCUGUGCUGCUUGCAGGGGCGCAGCCCCUCUGUCCCACCAUGGCCCUGUCCUGUGCGUUGAGGCUACCGCACUGGUACCUUCGCCCUUCAAGCAAGCUCCUGAGCAGCCUCCCCAGUCGGGACUUUAGCCUUCCAACAGAGAAGACGACAGCAGCAAAUUGGAAGGAGAAGAAAAAGGCCAGGGAGGGCUGCAGCCUGCCAGGUUCCUCCUGGGAGGAGAGGUUAGCUAAUGUGGUGACUCCACUGUGGAGACUUCCCUAUCCAGAGCAGCUGCAGGUGAAGUAUGAAAACCAGAGGAAGAUUUUGCAGACGUUGACAUCUCAUCUUGAGGAGCUGGGCAUAGAUGCGCAGAAACUUGGUGGCCUCUGCUGUCCUCUCCGGCCUGUAGUCCCUUCGCCUGUCGUUAGUGGAUACCGAAACAAAUCUACUUUCUCUGUGAACCAAGGACCGGAUGGAAACCCCAAAACUGUGGGGUUGUAUGUGGGAACUGGCAGAGCAAGAAAUAUUGUCUGUGUGAAAGCUGACCACAUGGAGAACAUACCCCCAAAACACAAACAAGUAGCCCAGUGCUAUGAGGAGUUCAUCCGUCGCUCCCCGCUGGACCCCUGCAUCCUCUUCCAUGAAGGCGGACACUGGCGGGAGCUUGUGGUGCGCACCACCAGCCGCGGCCACACCAUGGCUAUCGUCACCUUCCACCCCCAAGAGCUGGGCCAAGAGGCACUGGUUACUCAGAAAGCAUUGCUUAAGGAGUUCUUCACAUGUGGACCUGGAGCAGUCUGUGCCUUGACUUCACUUUAUUUCCAAGAGAGCACCAUGACACGCUGCUCCCACGAGCAGUCCCCCUUCCAGCUCCUUCAUGGGGAACCACACAUCUUUGAAGAACUGCUCAGCCUGAAGUUCCGAUCUCCAGAUGCCUUUUUCCAAGUAAACACAGGUGGAGCAGAAGUUCUGUACCAGGCAGUCAGGGAGCUGAGCCAGGCUGGUGGGGACACCAUCCUCCUCGACAUCUGCUGUGGAACGGGCACAAUUGGUCUAUCUCUGGCUCACCAAGUCUCCAAGAUAAUUGGUAUUGAGGUGGUGGAGAAGGCAAUAGAGGAUGCCAGCUGGAAUGCAGCAUUCAAUGGAAUUUCAAACUGUGAGUUUCACAGAGGAAAGGCAGAGGUCGUGCUACCACAGCUCCUGUCGUCGUGGGAGGAUGCCCGACCCCUCGUUGUUGUGGUGAACCCAUCGCGGGCUGGGCUCCAUUACAGGGUUGUGCAAGCUAUCCGGAACUGCAAGUCCAUCCGAAGGCUGCUCUACAUCUCCUGCAAGCCAGAGGGUGAAGCCAUGAGGAACUUUCUUGAGCUGUGCUGCCCACCUGACCCAGGGAAGAAGCUGGUAGGAGAGCCAUUUGUCCCCACGUUGGCUGUACCUUUUGACAUGUUUCCUCAUACUGUUCAUUGUGAGCUGGUGCUUCUGCUCACCCGCUGACAAAGGGCCAGGCAUGCCAGCUCUGAGGGCUUAGGGAGUAACUUUCUACCGUCCUGAAGACGAGUUGAUAUAGUUAGGAUUUUAACUUAUUUUCUUGAAAGUUGUAUAAAAAUAAAGAAUUGUACUUUGCUCUUA